CACACAGCACGUCCGGCAACACUGUAUUUUGACAGGCGACAGAAAAACGAAACAAAAUGUGGCUGUUGCGUUUCAAAAUUGAGAUGUCUCUUUGCAUAUCAUUACUCGCCUUAUCAGUGCAGCUUUGUUCUGCCGCUUAUUACGCGGACAAUGGCGUGGACCAGACCAUCAUUUACCGCACGUUGCCAAAGUCUGAAAGGCGUGAAAUGCAGCAAGAAAUAUUGAACCUGUUGGGACUCGACCACAGACCCAAGCCGAAGAUCCACGAGCGAAGGUUCUCCGCACCACGCUACUUGCUCGAUCUCUACAACUCUUUCAAGGAUGAAGACAACGGGGACAUUCACCUCGACGCUACGCAGGCACACAAUGAGUUCAUCACAAACAACCAAAGUUUGCGGAUGAUCAACGAUUCCGAUGUUAUCAUUAGCUUUCUCAACCAUGCACAUCACCAUUCACUUCACCUGCGCCAUGACAACGAAAAACGGUUUUGGUUCGACGUCAGUGAAGUAUCUCCUGGGGAGAGAAUUCUCAAGGCGGAACUCAACAUCUACCGAGAGGCUGCAGCUAGUAGUUUACCAGCAGACCACACGUGCACACUCGAGAUCAGUGUACUGAGGCAUGGCGUCAAAAUCGAAGAUGUUAUACUCCAGCAUGUGGACAAUCUAACUAUAGAUGCAAAGACACACGGGUGGCUCACGUUUAACGUCACCGAACCAUUUCUGACGUGGGUGGCAUUUCCCAACGAGAAUAUGGGUCUCUUUAUGCAGACUCACUGCAAAGCAUCAGGACACAGUGUGCACCCCCACGAGUUGCAUCCGCACGAUCUCGGCCUAGUAGGGUCAGGUGGCCGCAAUGACCUACAGCCAUUCAUGGUGGCCUUCCUGCGAGAUGGGGGACCCAGCCGUCGCCGCCACCGUGUUACACGAGCUACUCGCAAGCGCCACAGUGCUGAUGUUCAGCUACAGCGGCCGACAUGA